UCCAGGCGAGCGCUGACUGGUGCCGAAGGAGCCGCUCCUCCCUUUCGGCGACCGCAGCUUCCCCUUCGGUAGGCGGCGGUCGGGCGUACGGAGAGCUUCUGCAGUGCCGGUUGCGAGUUCGCGGGUUGCGGUCGCUCAGUUGCCGGCUUGGAUCCCUGAUGGAGCUGCCGUGAGUAGUGAUCAUCCAUCCACUGGUGCUUUUCAAGAUUUGGUGCCAAUUCAAUGACUAUGGGGAACCAGCUGGCACCUGUACCUCCUUUCCUGCCCCAUUUGCAGGCCCUGCAUGUGGUCAUAGUUGGAUUAGAUGCAGCUGGCAAAACAUCACUGCUUUACCGCCUGAAGUUUCAGGAGUUUGUCAAGAGCGCACCCACCAAGGGCUUCAACAUGGAGAAGAUCCGGGUGCCACUGGGAGGCUCUCGCAUCAUCACUUUCCAAGUAUGGGAUGUGGGUGGACAGGAAAAGCUGCGUCCUCUCUGGAAAUCCUACAUGCGCCGUACAGAUGGGGUUGUUUUUGUGGUGGACUCAGCAGAGGUUGAACGUUUGGAAGAGGCUCGAGUUGAGUUGCACAGAAUUGCCCACUCCUCAGACAACCAGGGAGUCCCUGUAUUAGUGCUGGCCAAUAAACAGGAUGUGGCCCAGGCACUCUCUGUAGCUGAGGUGGAGAAACGCCUUGGCUUACGUGAACUGUACACUUCUACCUUGAGCCAUAUCCAAGGUUGCAGUGCCAUCAGUGGCCUAGGCCUCCAGCCAGGCCUGGAAAAACUGUACGAAAUGAUUCUCAAACGCAAAAAACUCCUUCGCCAUGGUAAGAAGAAGCGCUGAGAGAUAAUGUUUCCAACUGGAGAAAAGUCAGUGACCAUUCCAAGCAUGAUUCAUGGCAACUUAUGGACCAACACUUGGUGGUUUUAAUUGUUGGACUUGUCGAUUGUUGAGCAUGUACAUGUUUAUCAUGGCUACUCUCCUGUUACCCUAAAGAGGAUGGGAAUCUGUCCAGAUUGGGGAGGGAGAAAUGUGUUUCAAAGUAGUGGGUUGGGCUCCAUGGGAUCAGCAAUCGCUUCACGUUUAGUUUAUCUUUUUAAAAAAAUAUCUUCUUGGGCUCUUUCCAGAGGCUCUUGUCUUUUUGCAGCAAACAAAACUUAAAUUAUUAAACAGGUUGUCUGCAGACCUGAGCAAAGCAUUUUUGUCUUCUUCGAUAUAUUGGUGGGGCAACUGGAGUGUGAGGGAGCCUGCCGGCUUCUUUAGGAAAGAGCAAGCAUAAGAUGGUUUUUCCUGGAAAGACCAGCAGCAUUUAACCUCCAGCAAAGCCCUGCUGGACCUCCAGGCACUACAGAUAUCAUCACAUACUCUUCUCACACGUUUGCAGAUUGCAUGAACAGGAACAAUGAGGAAAAGGCGGCUGCAGCUGUUUUUAAUGCUCUUGACCCCUUCACUUGUUCUAGUGACAGCAGUUGCUACUUGUUUUUCCUUUUUUUUUUUUAAUGUAUUCCACAGCCAGCUCCGCAUCUCCUUAAGAGUGGAGUACUGCUUAUUCCCAGAUAGGCUGAAGCUUUGGCACAGUUCAUUUUAGAAACAAAGUGUUGGAUGCAGCUUUGCCAAAGAGGAUGAAUCUGCUUUGAAUGUUUGGAGAGAAAGGUAAAGGGACAGAGUGGUUCAUGCAGCGAAAGGACUAUGAAUGGCUGUAAAAUUGCAGAUGCUUCUUU